AUGUCAUCCAUGUCUCCCUCCACAGCGCUGGCCGCUCUUCACCAAAUCGGCCCUGACACGCGUCUCUCAAUUCUUAAAAUCAGCGAACCUAUCUCUUCUACAAUAGAUUCAGCCAUCUCGUCCCAGUCGCCGUCAAAGCGUCGUUCUGAUGUAUCUACGGAUGCCUUUGAUAACCCCACGCCCGCGUCAUUGGAAGCGGAUUUAACCCACUACAAAGAACUAUUCUCAAAACUCCGCUUCUCGUACAUCGAACAAGUCACGAAGGAGAAAUUCCUGCGCGCAAUUGUCGGUGACCCGCCUCUUGUUGUUGGACAUCAUGAAAAUGUCGAACUCGAGGCGGAAUUGGCGGAGGUGAAGGAGGAGCUGCGCAGGCGUAAGGAGGAUGUCAGACUUAUGAUUGAAGAGAUGGAGAGAAUGGGGAGGGCACUUGCGACGCGGUACAAGAAAAUUCAGCUCCAAACAGCACAACUAUCUGAUCUCCCCGCAUCGAUAGAAAGCCUUGAAUCUACGAUAUCCACACUACGCGCGGCUGCAUCGCAAGAGCCCUCUGCCUAUCAAUCAGAUUCUACACUGCCCUCUUCCCAAACGCUGUCAUUGCCAGCCACACUUGCGCUUCUGGCGGAGCGGGAGGCAGAAUUGGCUGGCCUCGACCGUCAAAUUACCUCCGUGAAUUCGUCGCUGCCGCGUAGUAUUAGGGAAGCUGAAGCCGUGGAGCGCGAAUUGGCAAGAUUGGAGAAGAAGAAGAUUGAGGCUGUCGCACAGGCUAAGGAGGCGCAGAGAAGGAAACAUGAAGGGGAGAGCGAUGGACUAGAGGAGAUGGGAAGGUGGUAUAGAGGUGUAGAGAAAGGGUUGAAGGAUUUGGUUGGAGUUAAGGGAUCAUGA